CGUCCAAUAGAAUGUGACGGGGCGGGACCUGCAUGACACCGAUUCACUCGGAGGAGGAACUCCGCUCAGCAGUAGUUGUUGGAGACAGUGCCGAAGACAUGUGUGGAAUCUUUGCAUAUCUGAACUAUCAUGUGCCUCGCUCUCGCCGUGAGAUCCUUGAGAUCCUCCUCAAAGGCCUGCAGCGGCUGGAAUACCGUGGCUACGACUCUGCAGGAGUGGGUAUUGACGGAGGGAACAAUAAGGACUGGGAGAGCAAUGCCAAGACAAUCCACCUGAUUAAACAGAGAGGCAAAGUGAAAGUCCUGGAUGAGGAGAUCAACAAGCAGCAGGACAUCGAUCUGGACGUAGAGUUCGACGUGCACCUCGGCAUUGCACACACUCGAUGGGCCACACAUGGCGUCCCCAGUCCCGUCAACAGCCACCCACAGAGAUCUGACAAACACAACGAAUUCAUCGUCAUUCAUAAUGGAAUCAUCACCAACUACAAAGACCUGAAGAAGUUCUUGGAGAGUAAAGGUUAUGAGUUCGAGUCAGAGACUGACACUGAGACCAUCGCUAAACUGGUGAAGUACAUGUACGACAACCGGGAGAGCGAUGACAUCAGCUUCGCCACUCUGGUGGAGCAGGUCACCCAGCAGCUGGAAGGAGCAUUUGCCCUGGUCUUCAAGAGCAUUCACUUCCCAGGAGAGGCUGUGGGAACAAGGAGAGGAAGUCCAAUGCUGAUUGGUGUGAAGAGUGACCACAAGCUCUCAACAGAUCACAUUCCUGUCGUGUACCGCUCCUCUGGUAAGGAUAAGAAGAGCUGCACCACUCUUCCCAGGAUGGGCCAGGAUACCUCUCUGUUUCCUGUGGAUGAGAAAGCUGUGGAGUACUACUUUGCAUCUGACGCCAGUGCUGUGAUUGAACACACCAACCGAGUCAUCUUCCUGGAAGACGAUGACAUCGCCGCAGUAACAGAAGGCCGUCUGUCAAUCCACCGGAUCAAACGGACAGCAGGAGACCACCCAGCCCGUGCCAUCCAGACCCUGCAGAUGGAGCUGCAGCAGAUUAUGAAAGGUAACUUUAGUUCCUUCAUGCAGAAGGAAAUCUUCGAGCAGCCCGAGUCUGUGGUCAACACCAUGAGAGGCAGAGUCAACUUUGACGACAACACUGUGACGUUGGGAGGCCUGAAAGAUCACAUUAAGGAGAUCCAGAGGUGUCGGAGACUCAUCCUUAUUGCUUGUGGGACCAGCUACCAUGCAGGAGUAGCAACUCGUCAGGUCUUGGAGGAGCUGACCGAGCUGCCCGUCAUGGUGGAACUGGCCAGCGAUUUCCUGGAUCGUAACACACCUGUCUUCCGGGACGACGUGUGUUUCUUCAUCAGCCAGUCAGGUGAGACAGCGGACAGUCUGCUAGCUCUGCGCUACUGUAAGGAGCGAGGCGCGCUCACCGUAGGAAUCACCAACACUGUGGGCAGCUCCAUCUCCCGCGAGACCGACUGCGGUGUCCACAUCAACGCCGGCCCUGAGAUCGGAGUGGCCAGCACUAAGGCGUAUACCAGCCAGUUUGUGGCCCUCAUCAUGUUUGCUCUGCUGAUGUGUGACGACAGAAUCUCCAUGCAGCCAAGAAGACGGGAGAUCAUUCAGGGCCUCAGAGUACUUCCAGAUCUGAUAAAGGAGGUGUUAAGUCUAGAUGAGGAGAUCCAGAAGCUGGCCACUGAGCUCUACCAGCAGAAAAGCGUCCUCAUCAUGGGCCGAGGCUACCACUACGCCACCUGCCUGGAGGGUGCACUGAAAAUAAAGGAGAUCACGUACAUGCACUCAGAGGGAAUCCUGGCUGGAGAACUGAAGCAUGGUCCUCUGGCUCUGGUGGACAAGCUAAUGCCUGUCAUUAUGAUCAUCAUGAGAGACCACACCUACAUCAAGUGCCAAAAUGCUCUGCAGCAGGUGGUGGCGAGACAGGGCCGCCCUAUAGUGAUCUGUGAUAAGGAUGACUGUGAGACCAUCAACAACUCCAGCCGCACUAUUAAAGUGCCUCACUGUGUGGACUGCCUGCAGGGCAUCCUCAGCGUCAUCCCACUGCAGCUGCUGUCCUUCCACCUGGCCGUGCUGCGCGGAUACGACGUGGACUGCCCAAGAAACUUGGCCAAAUCUGUCACAGUGGAGUAGAACCUUCGAGCUUCAUCAUCCCAAGAACGUGACCUACAACACACAAACACACACACACACACACACACACAUACAACAAAAUACUAAAACAUAAUGAAAACAAUCCAGCACACUUCCUUUUAUACAGGUUUCAUCAAAGUCUUUUUACUUUGUCUGUUUCUUUCAUAUUAUGAGCCUCAACUGAACCUGUCUGUCUGUAUGUGAUGAGGAGUGGCGCUGUUGAUUGUACUGUCCUGUUUGUUUUUGGUGGUAAGGUAUGGGGUGGCCAUUUUUUGCUAUGCUCUCUGUUGGGCUAACUAGAUAUUUAAUAGUUUGUGUUUGUAGAAAAAUCCUCAACUUGUCCUAAACCUUAUUACCUUUGUGCUUGUUUGGUUUAGCUAGUCUGGUCCCCAAAUGCCAAACUUCAAAGAUCCCUGUCGUAGAUAAUUGUAAUUAGCUUUUAUUAGCAUAAAUAGUGAUAAUGUUGAGUAAGGCUUCAGUUUGCUACUUUGGCUAAAAGCCCUGAUCAGAAUUUAGUGACUUGAGCCGUGAUACUUGUGCAGUACCAGGAACAAUUUUACUGAUAAUGUGACACUUUAGCAGGGGAAAAGUUAAACCCCUUAAAAAAAAACAAUCAGGGUCAUAGUUUGCAUUGUGUGUGUUCAUUCAGUCAGAACGUUUACUUAUGGUAUGUCCUCUGCUGAUGUUCGGAUUUCCGGAGAUUAGCAUUGUAGGUGGUAGAGCUGCACAGCACAUUGUUUGUAAAAUAUUAUUGUGAUACUAGCAUUUUGCAGAAGGCUCUAACCAAUCACAGCCCCAGAUGUGUUGAUAAAGGUAAAUUAUAUUGGUAAAAAAGCAGGCUAAUCUUUAGCCAGGUCAUAUUAUUGAUGCAUCAAUAUGCGUUUUUAAUGUGUUGUGAGGCGCAUCACAAUCGCAAUAUGUAACAAUAAAAUCGCAGUACUAGUAUUUAGCCUAUAUCAUGCCUCCAUACAGUCAUAUGCAAAAGUGUUGACACCCCUGGUCAAGUCAGCACAUCCACAGAGAACACACUUCUGCACAUUUUAAUGCACAGUUACUGUUUAGUUGCUACAUAAUCCAGAAAAUGUGGCCUGUGUAAAAGUUAUGGCACAUUUUAUUUUUUAUGUUUAAUUUUUCUGAUAUGUUAAACACAAAAAUACAUAUAAACUAUGCACUAAAGUUUGCUGAAAAAGCCAUAUUUAAGUUCCCUCUAGAGGAUGUGUUGACAUAUUUUCACUUAGAAAAUCAACAACACGGACAGAUGGGGGUGUUCAGACCUUUGCAUAUGACAUAGUAGCUAGAAAUGCUGUUACAGUCAUUGGGAUGGAUUAUUUCAGCACAUGUUGUCUAAUAGUUUAUCUAAAUGCAUUCCGAGACAGAUGUGUAGUUUUCUGGGUAGUUAUCUGUCCAUACUUCUUCACUGUCGAUGAGUAAAUUUGUGUCUCCCACAGCUCAGUGAGAGCUUUAUUAGGUGGCAGAGGUCUGAAGACUUUAUGGUCAGUGUCUUUGAAUAGAGUCAGAACAAAUGAACAGGUCUUCUGUUCAUUAUGAAGAGAAGUGCGUAUGUGAAGUACAACAUCUAAAGAGUUUAUACAUGAAGUAAAUGCAUGCAUCAUUUUUUUUUUGACGAUGAUGCCCAAUCUAAUGUAGAUUAGAUGUCACAAAUGUGAUGCACUUUUGCCAAAUUGGAGAUGUUGUCACACUGGCAUGCUGGUGAUAAUGUGAUGAUGAUUUGAAAGAGAAGUCAAGCACUGCUCAGUUAAGAGUGGUGUUACUAGUUACUGAAAGCAGGGAAUCCAGAUGUUACUCUUUUACUGUGUUGCAGUGUGUGGUGGUUUUCUUUGGUGCCUAAUCACUUUAUUUGGAAGAACUUUAUAGCUGAACAGUGAAAUCAUGACCACACGGAUAUUCUGCUUCCUGUAGUUACUUGAAUAGUUUCCCCAGCAUAGUUACUUAUCAUUGUUACAGUCUUUACUGAUCUUGAGAUUAAAUGCAAUUUGGGGUGUAUUAUGAAGCUGAAUUAAUCGAUUUGCCAACUUUUAAGGUGAAGCCAUAUGAAUUUUGUUCAUUUCAAUGCUGCAGUACAUUAAAGGAAAAGUCCAGCUUUUUUCAACCUGAUCUCUAUCUGCAGCAUCUGUAGCGAAUGAUCAGUUACCACGGACAGUAAAUUUGGCCUGUUCCCUAUUCCUGAAGACCUGUUCACUUUAAACUUAUAAGAGAAGUCAAUGGGCCAUUGCUGAAUUUUAUUAAUUCAUUCAAAACAGGUAAUUUUUUUAAUUCUUCAGUCAAAGAUGUUUGUAAAUAAAGCAGUAUAAUUAAAUCUGUCAAAGAUGGUCUAGUGUUUUAGCCAUUUGCACAGGAACCUUAAUUUUGGAAGUAGAAGGAUAUAUUCCAGUAAAAAUCAAAGAAAACUUACAAGUAUAGCAAGAGUUCUGGGCCGUAGGACGCUGGCAUUGCUGCUACUGAGUGCUGAUUGGUUGGCGAGCUGAUCAGCUCAUUGACUGAGUGCAACGGUUCAAUACUCAAUGACGUCGUGAAUGUACAUAAGACACUGCUAGAAAGUCCUAUAACUGGCUCAGAAAUAUGCUGUUUAAUUAUUCUAUGGUGUUCUGUGUUCAGAAAAUGACUGAAUAAGGAUUUAAAACUUCGACUACACAAAAGCACUAUCGGAACACAUUCAAUUUGGACUCGCUCGGGAGCACCCUCUACUGUCAGACUCCCAUGGAAGAUAGUACUGAGUGGUAAAUCUCCUCACUACACGUUCUCUGCUCCUGCCUAAUCCCAUAUGGAUAAAAACAUAUGGAAGGUGAAAGCAACCUGAACUACUUACGCUGUUGCUCCAGGGUUCGAAAGUUUGGUAAAACUUCAUAAGAACAGCUUUAAGACCUGAGUGUGGAAGAACAGGGAAACAUGCUGAAAUUAUUGGACGUGGUAGGCAUGACACAAUACAGACACAGAACGUAAAGGUUAAUUCCUUUCAUUCAAUUCCUUACAUUCGUUCGCUAAUUCACAAAUUGAGCUUUAUAGUCCACCCCUUGAGUAUUUUUGCAGAUUGUUUUUUUUGUAUUUUUUUCAUUGACAUUGUUACUUUGAAGAAUCUCAAGUUUACAGUGUGAUUGCCAACAGAAGUAGGAACAACCGAAAACAUGAAGAAUGUUUUUUUUGUUUGUUUUUUUGUUUCUGAAAUACACAAAGCUACCCCAUACCGUGCCACCUUCCUCCUGUUUGAUUGUUACCAUGGGACCAUUUGCUUUAUAUUUGUGCUUGUUUUUCUAUUGUGUUCUAUUGUUACUUGGUACAGAAGGGUUAUUGUAUUUUUACUGUAAUUAUUAUAAUUAUAUAUCUACUUUGUUUAUAAUCUCAAUGUUUGACUGUCACAUCUGCCUCUGUUCCACGACCGCCCCUUUUGUGUUGUUCAGUGUUGAUUAUAUACAGAAGUACAUCUCACUUCAAUAUUUUGUUCAGAAGGAUCAGACGGGUUGAAGCCAAAAGCAUCUACUCGUAUGUAACCAAAGGUGUGCUUCCCUUGGGGUUGCUUAAAAGCGGUAGAUUUUGGGAUGUCAAGGGGGCAAAUAUAUAAUUAGAGUUUUUUUUUCUGGCUUUUUAUUUGCUUUGUUUCAUGAGGGAGUUUAAUUUGUCCUCUCAGGCACUUCAGAAAACUCUUGGAAAGGCUUUUGAAAAAGAAAAAGAAAAAGAAAAAAAGCAAGUUCUCAACAUCCUGGCCUUCCCUCUGUGGAAUUUCAUGGCGAAUUGGAUGAGGUGCUCUUGCUGAUUUUGUUAAGCCUUUCAGGUCACUCAGAGUACAGGAUGGGGGGAAAAAAGAACAUUUAUUAUUAAUAUAUUACCAUAUUCAUAACCUCAUUUUGAGCGUCUGCUUCUUCACUUUAAUAUUAAGCCUUGCAAUCAGGUUCACAAACUGGGGUGACAAAGCUUUCCCACUGCUAGUUCCAUUACACAUUUAUAGGUAUGAAAGAAAGUGAAGAUUCCGUGGGCCUUACAGCAGAGUGAGUAACACUUGUUAAUAAAUGCUGCUUAGUUUCUUGUAAUGAGUUUUGCAGCCAUAUUCCCUAAUUAAGGUGAUGGCACUGUCUCAAUCCGCUAUGUUUGGGAUGCGGUUGUGGGAUUUUAUUUACAACCAGAGUAGCUGCAAUAAAAUUCUGAAUACGA